GAGAUUUUCCUGAAACUCUCCCUCUUUUUGGUUGGUUUGGUUAAGAUUCAAUUCUCUUUCCAAACCUUUCCAGCCAAGAACUGUCCUAUACUUUUCCUCCCAUGUUGUCAUCAACAUUCACAUUUUUUCUUUAUUCAUCAUUUUUGUUUGAUGCUUAAUUUAUGGUUUUCAGCUUUGGGAAUUAGGCCAACAAAUUAGUGCAUGGUUCAUUCCAACAUUUCUUUUUGGAGAAAAUUGUAGUUGAUUUCAUUGAAGAUUGAAAGUGUCAACACCUUAAAGUGGAAAGUUUAUACAUAGUAUUGCAAAAUGAAUCAAGGAGGUGGUACAUCUGUAAAGAUGUCCUCGACCGCGGUGAAAGGCCAAGUGAAAGGUCUCCUUAAAGGACUCAGAUACAUAUCUCAGAUGUUUGAUGAGGAUGAAGAACAGGAGAUAGAAAUUGGGUUCCCAACAGAUGUAAAGCAUUUGGCACAUAUUGGAUGUGAAGAUGAAAAGACAAAUAAACCUAGCUGGAUGACAGAGUUCAAAGAAACACAACAACCUUCAACAGGAGCAAAGACCUCUGAAGGUCAAGAUAACGGUAAUAAUAGUGACACCAAUAGAGUAAAAGGAGACACCAAUAGUGUAAAAGGAGAAGGGAAGAGAAACAGCAUUCGAAGAUCAAGGCCGCGUUCAUCAGAGAACCAAUCCUCAACGAACUCGUCUCCACCACGAGAGGAAGGAGCAUCCACAAAGACAACUCGACGACACCGACAAAGUCGUCAAUCCAAUGAAGAUGAAGAAAACAGCAAGCCCCCAACUACAAAACAAUCUCGCAGAAAGGCAAAAUCAUCGUCGGAGGAAAAGGAUAAGGAAACUUCUUCCACAAGAAAGACCUCUAGAACUCGAAAGUCGUCUAAGGCUGAUUCCUUAACUGAUAUCCCCUUCACAGAUCCAGGGCCUUCAGCCCAAUAGACACCUCUUAAGUGAUUAAUAGUGCUCUGGCAUAAAUAAUUUCAGUUUUAGAGAGAGAUUUCGAGAGCAGGAUAUAUUUUAUUCUUCUCUUGUUUAUAUUGUUAUGACAUUGUAUCAUCAUCAUCUUAUCUUACAUGGUGUUGUCACUUCAAUUUACAA